AUGGUACCUCUGGUGACUCAGAUCUUCCUCCUGCUUUUCUCUAGGAGCUCGACACCAUCUGAGACCGCAGCGGGCUCCCACUCCCUGAUGUAUUUCAUCACCGCCGUGUCCCGGCCCGGCCUCCGGGAGCCCCAUUUCAUCAUCGUGGGCUACGUGGACGACACGCAGUUCAUGCGCUUCGACAGCAACACCACGAACCCGCGGAUGGAGCCGCUGGAGCCGUGGGCGCUGCAGAUGGAGCCGAAGUACUGGGACCGGGAGACUCGCUUUGCCAACGACAUGAAGCGAAUCUACAGCGCGUACCUGAAGGACCCGCUGGACCGUUUCAACCGUAGUGAGGCCGGGUCUCACACCUACCAGGUCAUGUAUGGCUGCGAAGUGGGACAGGAUGAGCGCUUCCUCCACGGGUACUGGCAGAUUGCCUACGAUGGUGCUGACCUCAUCUCCCUCAACGAGGACCUGCGCUCCUGGACCGCGGUGGAUACAAAGGAGGCUCAGAUCACUAAGCGCAAACUGGAGGCUGCACCUGUGGCUGAGUACUACAAAGCCUACCUAAAGGUGGGGUGUGUGAAGAAUCUGAACAAUUCCCUGAUGAAGGGCAACACGGUGCUGCAGCACCGAGCCCCUCUCACGGCUCAUGUGACCCACCACCCCGUCUCUGACCAGAAAGCCACCCUGAGGUGCUGGGCCCUGGGCUUCUACCCCAAGGACAUCACACUCACCUGGCGCCGAAAUGGGGAGGACCUGACCCAGGACAUGGAGCUGGUGGAGACCAGGCCUUCAGGGGAUGGAACCUUCCAGAAGUGGGCAGCUGUGCUGGUGCCUUCUGGAGAGGAGCAGAGAUACACAUGCCACGUGGAGCAUGAGGGGCUGCCAGAGCCCCUCACCCUGAGAUGGGGGCCUCCUCAGCCCACUGUGCCUGUAUGGCAAGUCGGGAUUGCAGUCAUUGUGGGAGCUGUGUUUGUAGCUGUGGUCACUGCUGUGUUGAUGUACUCAGGGUACUAG